AUGGAAUUCAGGCGACGUGAUGUGAGCCUCAUUGGUAUCGCCUGCUUCUUCGCAUGGAGUUGCGCGGUCAAUUGGAUUCCAACUUUCCGAUGGGUUAGCUAUGCAUUUAUCCUUGGCCUGUUGUUGCCAGUUUUUGGAUUGAUCGCGCUACUUAUUUUAACGUCCAGAGGAAGCCAGUAUGAUGCGACAAUCCGUAUACAGAGACCUAAGAGUGUUGCGUUUCUUGCGCCGAAAGUAUGGAAGAAAGAGGUCGCAUCCCUUCGGAAACGACAUAAUUACGAGAAGAAACCUUUACACCCAACGUCUCCCACUAUAUCUAGUGCGAUUGAUGACCUGCUGGAGCAUAUAUCAAGAGAUUUUAUAGAGUCAUGGUACUCGAGCAUAAGCAAGAAUCCAAAUUUCAUAAACGAGGUAGACAGAACAAUGCGUCAGGCUCUUGGUAGCCUGCGUGAUAGCUUAACAUCACUGGACCUGACAGCAACUAUUACUACACGGUUUGUGCCGAUUUUAACUGCUCACUUUCGAGAUUAUUCCAAAGCUGAGAUGGCUAUCCGUGGGAAAUACCGUAAUCGUACCGUAACGGAAUCAGAGGAGCUUGACCUUGCUAUCGCCGCAAAAUAUAACGAUGGACAAUUACACCCAGCCGCGUCUUUGGAAUACUCGGAUACCAAAUUAGUACAGCAAUGCCAUCUGCGUAAUAAAACAAAAGAACUACUUCCAUUUCUCUUACCAGAACGUAUAUUAGCCAGUCGCGCAGCAAGUGCCCUUAUCACUGAGCUAAUUGCAUGUGCGGUUCUUUCACCUGUUAUGCAAAUACUAGCGGAACCAGAUACAUGGAACCAAAUUAUGGAAUCUUAUGGAAAAUCAGUAUUGCAAGAUCGCUCAACCGUUAAAAAACUUCGAUUUGCCUUGGACCAACACACAUCAUUCGCCCCAAGGACAACGCGAAAAGUUAAUUUUCCUCGCCUAGUACCUGGAGAUCAUGAGAGAAAUUUUGAGAAAUUUAUACGUGCCAUCCAGAAAGUAAACAAUCUUUCGGAUGCACGGCGUUUUCGGAGUGAGCUCUCAAGUCUACUUAAAAAAGAUUCACAACAAGACAGAAUAGAUCCCGUCUAUUUAAAACGGCUCAAAAUUGGAAAGAGAUUAUUGGAUCAACGCGUUAACUUACUCGCAGCCGGUGGAGAAACUACAAGACCUACUCACGAACCUUCCGACAAUAGAGCACUCCCGGGGUUUGAGAAGGCUACUCUAUUAGAUCUUUUACAUGAUACUUCUGGGCUUACAUACUUUAUGGAAUUUAUGGAUAGGCAGAAUUUAUUACCCCUGGUUCAAUUUUGGAUUGUUGUUGAAGGAUUCCGCACACCACUGGAAGAUGACUUUGCUGAUGAUAUACCCGCCGCUCUCCCUUCUUGGGAUGAAGUAGAUAGGAAGGACCUUGCCUUAAUAAAUGACGCCUAUUUACUUAAAUCUGAGCUCAAAAUUCCUGAUUCUUCACGUCAGAUUGUCUUAGAAUUCCUCAAGGCUGGAAAAAAUGCAAGUUCAAAACAGUAUUAUUUAGCUCGAAGAGCCAUCCUUAGAGCACAGACCGCUGCACUUGAAAUAAUGCAAGAUGAGCAUUUCCAGAACUUUAAAAAGUCAGAUUUGUUCUAUAAAUGCUUAACGUCUAGGGAGACAUCGAAAUCCCCGAUACCAGUCAAAUCUAGCUCAGCCAUCCCUAAAUUAGAGCCUUCAACAAAGUAUAAUCAAAUGCCCAUGCAAUCGUCAUCAUCUCAGUCAUUAUCACCUAAAGCCUCAUCAAUUUCAAGGGAAUCGAGCAAAAUUUUUCCAAAUAAUAGAGAGCUCCGACGUCAAGCUAACUCUGUAGAUUUUACAACUCCAUCUAAUCGGCUCGAGUCAAAAACAUAUUCUCGUAGAUCCUUUGACACUAACGCGUCUGCUUGUUUUAAUGAAGAUAAUUUUGACACUGAAGCAUUAAAUAACUCAGUGUAUAGUUCGGAUCAUGAUAUCCAUAGUAGUAUUCCAGAUAAACAGGUUAUCAAAUCAAUGGAAGCAGCCUUAAACUCUAUCAUGGGAUUUGAGUCAAACGUGGAAGAGCUCCGCAAUUCUCUCUUUGGUGAUGACGAAUAUUCACAGUUCCACAGGACACCUCCAAGAAUCUAUUCUUCAAGAAGUUCAUUUGAGGGAAAAAAGCUUGGUAUCUCCGAUUCAAAGCCGGAAAAAGUCGAAAAACCAAACAUAUCUUCGUUGGGUCUUGUGAAUAUGUCAUCUCGUAUCGGGGUUUUCACAGAUGAUGAUCUUUUUCCUGAUGAAGAAAAAUUUAUAUCAGAUGAGCACGAAGAUUCUGAUGAAAAUCCACUCGAUUACGAAGAUGUCGUACAUGAAGCUGCACCAGGUGAUCUAGGUUUAGCAGAGGCCAUCUCAGCGCUCACGGUAGACAUUGAGCGCCUUUUUUCUCAAGAUGCCGUAGUUGAUUCUAUGACGCGGAAAGCAGAACUUACCAACAAUACCGCAGAAUUAAGAAUCUUAAAAAAAUCAAAAGCCAGUUUACAACGAGAAAUUAGGCACAAAGAACUACAGCGUAGGCAGUAUGUCAUACAAGAGAGCGAUAACAGUCUAUACGGACGGUCUACGGUCAGGAUAAAGUCCAUAGCAGUUGGCAAAGAUGAAGAUGGGAAGGAUUUUGCUACUUACAUUAUUGAGGUCCAACGCAAAGCUGGUGAGCAAAUGCCUGCUGCGACUUGGACAAUAAAUCGCCGCUAUAGCGAGUUUCUUGAGCUCAAUCAGAAGUUACGGGAAAAGUACGCCUCUACCCGUACUCUUGAAUUUCCUCGACGUAGGAUGGUUAUGAAACUUCAAGCAGAUUUCCUUCAUCGAAGACGCUUGGCACUCGAGAGGUACCUCCGAGAAAUAUUGCUAUUACCUGAGAUUUGUCGUAGUAGAGAACUACGUACAUUUCUCUCUGAGAGCGCAGUAAUCCCUGGGAAUGUAAGCGCCCAAGAAAAUGACGAUAAAAAAAAAGAUCUCAUGACUCGUUUCUACAAUUCUGUAACGGAUGGUAUGGAAGAUAUUCUCGGUAAUAUUCCAGUCUUUGAUCAACUUUCGGUCGCUGGUCAGAACUUAAUUUCUGUCGCUAGUCAGCAAUGGAUGACUAUGCCGGCUACAGUUGGGGAAGAUUCAUUGCACGCAGCAGAAGCAGAAUUUGAGCUCAACGCAUUCGAAAAUAAGGAGCUCGAGCCUUUUGUCAAACCUAUAUGUGAUAUUUUUCUUGAGGUAUUUGAACUAAACCGCGGAAAUAACUGGCUUCGUGGUCGAGCUGUAGUUGUUGUUCUACAUCAGCUACUCGGUGGAACAAUCGAGCGAAAGGCGCGAGAGAAUAUUAAGGGUCUUUGCUCAGAAGAAGCGAUAGUAAAGUAUAUUAAUAACCUGCGAGAUACCUUAUGGCCUGAUGGACAGUUUAAAAAAGAGUUCAAGCUUAGAACUUCUGCCGAAAAAUCAAAGAGCCGAACAGAGGCUAGCUUAAUACUAGCCACACUAGUGCCAGACCUAGCCGCAAGUGUGGUAGGAAGAGUCAAUGCCCAGGCAGCUAGUCGAAGGUUAUUUGCAACCUUCAAUAACCCGAGGCUAAAUCUUCACCUUACUUUUACCCUUUUUGACGAAAUCCUUGAUGUUCUAUUUGGACUAAAGGCAAUCUAA